UUCAUUGAUUUGGACAUGCAAUCAUUUGCUUAUUCCAAAGCCAAGGGGAAAAGAGUAAUAAUGGAGUCCUUGCUUUCAAAGUCCUUAAAAAUUGCCGCAGUAGUAUCUGCAUAUUGGUUUAUAUCUAUAUCCAUGGUUUUUGUUAACAAAUAUCUUCUCAGCAGUAAAGAUCUUAAGUUGAAAGCUCCACUGUUUAUCACCUGGUUCCAGUGUGUAGUGACAGUUUUCUUGUGCGUGCUUCUCAGUUUUGUUGCCCAGUUCAUGCCCAAUGUUAUUAAUUUCCCACCUUUCAAGUUUGACUGGAAGUUAUGCAGAACAGUUCUUCCACUUUCAGUUGUGUUUGUAGCAAUGAUAACAUUCAACAAUCUUUGCCUCAUGCAUGUUGGCGUUGCAUUUUACUACGUCGGACGCUCAUUGACUACAGUUUUCAAUGUGAUAUUGUCCUAUGUUAUGUUAAAGCAGACAACGUCACUAAAGGCAAUAGUUUGCUGUCUCAUCAUUAUUGCAGGAUUUGUUCUAGGAGUUGACCAGGAAGGGGUUUCAGGGUCUCUGUCUGUGUUGGGAGUCGUGUUUGGAGUGAUGGCAAGUGCCAGUGUCGCCAUGAAUGCCAUCUUCACCAAGAAAGUUUUGCCGCUCCUUGACAACAACGUGUGGCAGCUCACGCUCUACAACAACAUCAACGCCACUGUCUUGUUUCUUCCGCUCAUGCUGAUCUUCGGCGAAUACAACGAGGUUGUGAACUUCCCAAAACUUGCAGACAUCAAAUUCUGGAACAUAAUGAUUGUCAGUGGCAUUUUUGGAUUCGGCAUUGGUUACGUUACUGGACUGCAAAUCCAGGUUACGUCGCCCCUGACGCACAAUAUUUCCGGCACGGCGAAGGCCUGCGCCCAGACCGUUAUUGCGUGCAUAUAUUACCACGAUGUGAAACCGGUGUUGUGGUGGCUGAGUAAUCUCAUUGUGUUGGGGGGCUCGGGGGGUUACACGGAGGUGAGACGACGGGAGAUGCAGGAGAAACACAACGAGGAAAACAAGAAAAGGUUGGUUGACAAUGUUGAAGAAGAGGAACUGUUGAAAAAACCAUCUAACGUGUAGUGCUGAUCUGAUCUCUGGGUUGUGUCAUCAUUUCUAUUGUGGGAUAUUUGUUUAAUGUUUUAUUUGAUGUAGUUUUUAUUAACUUUAUUUGACAAAUAUACACUUGUUAUCAUGUAUAUAUAUAUGUGUUGUAUGAAGCAAAUAAUUAAUUGCAUUUACCAUCAGUUUGUGAAUACUGUAAAUCAUAAAAUAAAUGCGAGUAAGAUAUUAAUGUGAUGUAUGUAUUGGUACAAUAAUUAUUUAAUGCAUUGUAUUUUUAAAACAAUAAAACCAGAAAAAACCCAAGAUAAACAGUAAAAUAAAAUCCAUCAUGACCAUCUGUUUAAAUAAAAGUACUAUUUAAUAUUAAUAGACUAAUCAUGUAGUGGUUAACAAAAAAAGAACUAAACUUUAAAAACAAUAGCAUUUUUAACAAAUGAAACAAACUGUUCAUUAGUCGACACUAUUGUUGUUGUUGUUCGUCACACUCAACUAGAUUUACAAGGUUAGCUCCACAACUUGUAAUUUCUGCAGUGCUUUGCAUAAGAGGUGGAGAAGAUUUAUUACCAACUAACAAAACAUGGGUAAUUUCCAUUGGUUUGAAUUUCAAAGCAAAUACUAACUCUUAUUCAGUCAUUGUGAGAAAAUUUAAAGAAAGAUUAUUAAAUUUACUUAGCAUAUAUAGUUUGCAGUGUGAUCUUUUAAAUUUGCAUUUAACAGACGCAUUGUAUUAAAAAUAUGCAUUCUUGUUCAAGACCUUCCUAAACAUUUUACAAUAUGAAUAUUUUACAAAUAAUAUGACAAAACUAAAUAAUUGUAACUUGUUACCAAACGAAAAAUAGGAGGAAGAAAAUAUGCAUUUUACUUUGUACCUGUCCCAUCACAAUAAUAUGACGCAUUAUUUUCCAGCUUUACAAUAUUACCGGUAUGAUACUGCUGUACAAUACACCAGGUCCCUUGAUCAGGGCUAGCUCUGGUACACGCCAAAUUCACCAUUUGCGAAUUUUAAAAACAAUUGGCUACUUUUAUUUUAACUUGGCGAAAGAAUUUGAUGCAUUAAUUGAUAUUUUGUUAAAAAAUUAUUUGGCAUUUAUAAAAUUUGGAAGUUUAAUAAAUAAUUUGGUGAAAUUUUCUGCUGACCCAGACCUAGCCUUGCUUGAGUAUAAAACUAUAAAUCUUGACUCCUGGCUGUAAUAAAGUCUUCCCCAUACAAAUAAUUAUGUACUGGUAGUUGAAGUCUUGUGGCUUUCUUAAAGUGGAGGAAGCUUGACUUUAAAAUUUUAUAAGCAAGGGACCAGGAGAGGGAUAGAACUUAGUUUUUAGAAUGCUCAACUGGGGUGUAAUGAGUUGCAGGACAAUCCUCCACAAUGGUUCCAUUGGAUUUAUUUACCACUGCAUCCAACUGAUAUACAUGUAUAACAAAAACUAUGGUCAGAACUGUCCUUUUUUUAAGUCCCCAGCAUGAUCCAGUUUAGACAGGUUACACUGUACAAAGACAUAUCAUGCUGUAUUUUGAAAGGAGUACUUGGCCUACAGGAUCUAAAACACUAGUUCAUUUGACACUUAACAGUGGCGGAUCCAGAAAAUCUAUUUAGGGGGGGCCUCAAUGACAUGAGCUGGAAUGCCAAUGGAACUUUGGGGGAGGUUUGGAGGGGAUCGUAAAAAAAAUGAAAAUAACUGUCGCAAAAUUUGGGGGGGGGGGGGGGGGGCCUCUCCCAUAUCUGCCUCUGCUUUAUAGACAAUGUACUCAUUUGGAUUUUUAAAACAAACAUUUUUCUUGUUAAUACAGCAAGGAAUUUAAACCAUUCCCACCAUUCUGGAUCCAGUGGCUGGUGAUAUCUGUAGCCUGAACCGUAUUGAGAUCUAGGCAUGGUGAUAAGGAAUACCAAGACCCUGAGACCAUUACUGAUUGGAUCAUGUUGCUGUAUCUUCAGAUUGUGGCUUUUUCUCAUUUUAGGUUGUUUUUGUUUGUUUUGUUUUUAUAGGUGGGUUUUUUUUAGACUUUGUGAUAUAUUGUAGCCUGGAAAUAUAAAUUUACACUUUUACAGUGUAUUAGUUAUAAAUGUUAUGUGAACUCUGUCAAAACCAGAAUCUGUUAAACCAAAUUAGUCCCAGUUUUAUAAUAUUAAUCUAAAGUCGACAAUAGUCACUUUUCGCACCAUUGUUUAGGUUUCGUACACAAUACAUAUAACAUAUCCAACUGUCAUUUUUUGUAUAUGAUAUAUUUGAUAAAAGGUACUUUUUAUUUCUUGUAUCUUUUAAAAUUUAAAUGUAAUAUUUUGUCAGGAAUUAUAAAAAGUAAAAACAUACCAACCUGUAAACAGCAUUGUCUGCUGUUAUAGAAUAUUUUAACAUGGCGAAGCAUUGUAAUAAUACAGCUAAUUUUUAAUUUGAAUGACCUCAGUAUUCCAAUGACGUCACUUUACAUCUUUCAGAACGCUGAAAAAAUUCCAAUGCAAAAUUGCUAUUGAAAAUGUUUUGUUUGAUCAUUACUAAUGCACUUGGAUGUGUUUGGAUGUGAUUAAAAAAUUGUACCAUUUACGAAAUUUGGAUUUCAAGUGAAAUUACGGUGAGAUAUGCUAUAUUUAUUGUGUACGACGCCAAAACAAGGGUGCGAAAAUUUGACUCGUCCACCUUAGCAUCUUGUUUGUGUGUGUAUGUACGUGUAAACAUUUUCUUUUUGUUAAUUUCACAUAGAUUUAGUUUAGACAGCAUCAACUGCAUGUGGUCAGUAUUUCAACUGGGAAAAUGAUUUUUACUGUUUAACAAAAUAUGGUCUUUGAACUUCUGUCUAGACGAAUUCAAUUUUUCCGGUACAAUCUCUUUCAAAAUAUUAAUUUGCAAACUGAUUUAUUAUAAAUUAUAUUCAUCAAUUCAAUUGAUAUUUGGCAAAUGGCAACUGAAAUCUGGUAUGAUGUAACUAGAUCUAGUUUUCUGUCUUAUAUAUACAAUAUUAUACAGUGAAACCGGUCUAAACUGGACCCUGAACUAACCAGAAUCCUAUCAAAAUUGGCCAAGUUUCAUGGACCCAAAUUUUAUAAACACCGGAUCCUGUCAAAAUCAUAUAAAUAUUAGGUCUCCAGCAUGAUCCAGUUUAGACAAGUUUCACUGCAUAUAUAUAUACAUGUAUAGUACAUACCACAGCCUUUGAUGUACCAGUCGUGGUGCAAUGGCUGGAGCGAGAAAUAGCCUAAUGGGCCCACCGACGGGGAUCGAUCCCAAACCGACCAUGCAUCAAGCAAGUGCUUUAACACUGGACUACAUUUCGCCCCUUCUUUGUGAUGAAGUCCGGUUUCAAGAUGUUGUUAGACACUUGAGUCUAACUUUAACAGUUAUAUAAGCACUAGGUUGUGUUGACUCUAAGCUGGUAGAUCAAAUGGUGUGCUGUGUGAUACAGUGAAACCUCUCAAGACCGGAACCUCUGUACACCGGAAUUCCCUCAAAACCAGACGUUUCACAGAGUCCCUUUUUAAAAACCACGACAGAACUUAACCUUUGUAAACCGGAUCCCUCUUAAAACCAGACAUUUGUCUUGGUUUCAAGGGUGACCAGUUUAGAUGGGUUUCACUGUAGUUUGUGUACAUGGCAUGUGUGAUUACAAGAUCUCUCGCAGCUACUCAGCAGGAGUAGUUUACAGUAUGUUAAAGUUAAAAUUUGUUUUGUUUAACGACACUACUGGAGCACAUUGAUUUAUUAAUCAUCAGCUAUUGGAGGUGAAUCAUUUUGUCAUUCUGACAUAUAGUCUAUAUAGAGAGGAAACCUGCUACAUUUUUCCAUUAUUAGCAAAGGAAUCUUUUAUAUGAACCAUCUCGCAGACAAGAUAGGACAUAUCACGGCCAGUUGUGGUGCACUGGCUAGACCGAGAAAUAGCCCAAUGGGUUCACUGACAGGGAUCGAUCUUAAACCGACCAUGCAUCAGGUAAACACUUUACUACUGGGCUAUUUCAUGCCCCCGACCCCCAAUAUUGUUAUGUGUCAGCUGCAUGUUUUCUUUAACCAUACCAAGGUAGCAAAUGACCAUAAUUAAAAGUGUGCAUAAUUGUUGUUAAACAAAUAUUGUUGUUUAUAUUUAUUCAGAACAAACAGUGUUGUAAAUAAUGUAUUUCUCACAUGCUGUAAAUAUUUCGGAUGCGAAUUUGCCAACAUUAAUGUUGGGGAGGGGGUAUUAACCAUUAAGGCUUCUGUGAUCACUAAAAACCAAUAUUUUCUAUGUUUUACUGAGUAUUGUGUGUACAAUUUAUAUACAUCUGCAUUCGGAUUCUAAAUUAUUUGACUAACAUGUAUGUUAUAUGAAAUGUUUUUGAGAUUUUUAUUUUUAAACUUGUUUCAUAAAUUUCACAACUUUAUGAAGUUAUCAAAAGGAUAAUUCACAUUUCCGCACAUCUUUCAUCAUUGGGGCAUUUAUAACAUAAUGAUAUGUAUAAGUUCCGUUAACUGAGGAUGGAAGGAGAGGUAAUUGUUUCAACAUAUCACUAUUCAGGGUUAUUCAAUUAGAUGAUGCAAAAUUAGUCAUUUAUUUUCACCCCAACCCAUAUACCAUUAUAUAAUAUAAUCACACAUCCCUCUAAAAUUACAUAAGGCUGUUCAACCUCCAACUUCAUUUUUCCUUUGUCUGCAACAUAAUUUAACCAAUAUUAUGUUCAUAAUUUUCUUUUGUUUUACUUACAUCAAGAUAAUACAAGUAACAUACUAAAUAAAAAAUGUCUUGGGUAUUAGUAGCUGCAUUUACAUCAUGAAUACAAAUUAAUGAAUGGACGAUUAACGACACCCAAAUAUGAUUAUGAAUAAGAAUGAGACAUUGUUUUUAAAAAUAUUACACAACUCUUUUUAAAAAAUAUUGCAUAACUCUUUGUGAGAUUUUGUAAUGCAUCCCAUUUUCCUGUUAAAUUCCCUUGUUUAUAUUUAUAAAUAGACAGAAUUUAGAAUUUAAUUAUUUUUUUAAUCUCUUGCUUGUUAUUGUAUUAUCAUUUUAUAUAUAUGCAAUUAUCUGUUACAUUUGGGUUUCUAUAUUGUAUGAUGGUUCUCAGAAACUGUAGUUACAUGUAUCUCUGUUGGGUUAUUUUCCCCCUGGUUAACCAGUGCUUCACUAUACAUGUAUGUGUGGAAAAGGUUUACAGUAUUAAACCCUGUGAUAUAUAUUGUCAUUCAUAUGAAAUUACAUUCUGCAUCUUUUUAGUAAAAGGGUUUGGUAUGUCCUGCCCUGUAUAAUAUUUUAUAAAACAUACAUUGCUGAUCAUCAGUAAGAGUAGCCCACUAAUAAACUUACUAGUUAUAUUAAUUCUAAGAAUUCACAUAUUCAUUACAUUGAAUACAUUCUAGUGGCAACCCAAUUGGUAUUUGUCCCAUGCUUUUAUGUGUACAGUAAUGUAACAUUAUCUACAAUUUCCUGCAAGUCCUCUGGAUCCAUCUCAUGUGUUUGAUAUGUCAGUAUUAGGGAUUAUUUUUAUAUUCAGCUCAGGUUAUGUGGUUAACAAUAAAGAAGUCCAUUCAGAUUUUUUUCAAUUCAGUCCAUUAAUAUCAGGGUUGCCUACAGACCAGGGUAAAUAAGAUGUUACUCUCCCUUGUUAAAUAUAAUGUUAUGAACUGACACGUAUACAUGUACAGUAAAAUACUCUUAUAAUGAACCGCAGGGGACCAUGAUAGUUAGUUCAUUAUAGCAGUAGUUAUUUGUACACAUUUGCAUAAGUUGGUUAUUAUUGUAUAGGGAGAUAAAAGAGAACUUUACAAUCAGUUUGUUCUAUCAGGGCUUCUAGAAUUU